AUGCAUUCAAUGACCUUUGUCGACAGAAUUUGUCGGGUCUCCUGGGGGUGGUUUUCAGUCUCGAUGAGCACUGGGAGCAUUGGUACCCUGCUUUACAACACCCCUCACAAGUUUUCUGGUCUUAUGAUUAUUGGAAAGAUAUUCUUCAUUCUUGAUUUUGUCACUUAUUUGGCCAUUUGGGCAUCACUCAUCACGCGAUUCACCCGAAACCGACACGCUUUCAGAAAUACAUUCAACGACCCGGAAGAAGCCUAUCUCAUUCCUACAGCUGCUUUGGGCUUCGCUACUAUACUUUUCGGAAUAGAAUGUUACGGCGUUCCUGCCUGUGGAAGUUGGCUGAAAUAUGUUCAGCUGGUCCUAUUUUGGGUCUAUGCAGCUGUGGCAAUGUCGCUGGCAGUUGGCCUUAACUGGCAUCUUUAUCAAACCCGUAUGGCUUCUCGACAACCUUUCUGGCUCGUGCGCCUCCUUCCGUCCUUUCCGGCCAUGCUCGGCGGUACCACUGCCUCACUACUCGCCGGAGCCCAGCCUAAUCACUUUGCCAUCCCUAUUCUUAUUGCUGGAACAUGCUUGCAGGGUUUCGGCUUCUUGAUUUCCCUAUUCAUACUAGGUGAAUAUUUUCAUGGCCUUCACCACCAUGGCCUACCGCCCAUGCGCCGUAGACCUCAGAUGUUCAUUGCUAUUGGACCACCGGCGUUUACUGCAGUCGCGCUAAUGGGAAUGGCUGAGAUUGCAACAGAAAAGUUCCCUGCUCAUUAUAUUCCUUUGGCCUCGCACGUCAAUACCGCAGAAGUUCUACUCAUUGUUGCGGUAUUCUUGUCCAUUUUCAUGUGGAUCUUCUCAUUUUUUCUCUGGAUGCUUGGGUGGCUUAGCAUUUUUGCUGCCUACCAUGAGUGGAAGUUUGAUAUCACUUGGUGGGCAACGGUGUUCCCCAAUACUGGGUUUGCGUUGGCAACGAUCAAGAUUGGAGACUUGGUUGCUUCGAAGCCUAUCCAGUGGGUUGGCAGCGCAGCUACCAUUAUUCAAGUCGCUCUAUGGUUAGGUUGCUUUUGUCUCCACAUAUGGGCCUACUUUACCCGCCGGACGUUGUGGCCAGGCAUGGAUGAGGGAUUUGAGGCAGAGGGUCACAUUGGUGAAGGGCUAGAUAUGGAAGGAGAGGCUGUGUCUUCUAAAUAUUCAGUGGCAUCAUAG